UUUCAUGCAGCAUAGCACCCGUCGGAAGUUGCUGUGUGAAGUGGAGUAAAAAACGGGAUGUUGAGGUAGUUUUUAAACUCUUCGACAUUUCUUUGGACAUUUUUUAUAUUCCGUUGCAGACACAGAAGAACGUCUACUGGGCAGUAUGUUGGAGUGCGGCAUGCAGGAGCAGGACAGACGGGCUCUGCAGAGAAACACUGCUGUCCUCUGCAAACAGCUGGUGGUGGACGAGCUGCUCAUUCAGCUCCUACAGGCGGACAGCAUCCUGACUGAGAGCAUGGCCGAGGGCAUCAUGGCCGAGCAAACAUCUCACAAGCGAAGCUUCCGUUUACUCCUUCUCCUGCCGAAGCGAGGGCCCAGAGCCUUCAGCGGCUUCUGCUCAGCGCUGCAGGAAACUGAGCAGCAGCACCUGUAUGACCUGAUCAGACAAUCAACCGAAAAAUAUAGCAAGGAGACAUCUGUAAAGGUUAUUCAGCCUGAGGAAGAGCCAGAGGGAAGUGCAGUGCGACUAGUCAUGUCUGAAAAGAAGAAAGAGGUGACGUCCUCAGUAGACAGAGGAGAGGAGAACGAGGUGAGCAGCAGCUCAUCGAGCCCAGUGCGAGCCGCAGAUAGCUGCCUGCCCUCAGAGUCUCCAGGCAGGGAGGAAGACAGGAGCUCACAGAGGACGAAGAAGAGAGGAAGAGACGGAUGUGAGAAUCACAAACCACAUCCAUCUUGUGUCAGACAACAACCAGAUGAUGAGAGGUCAGUGGACUCUUCUCUUCCACUUCCCACUCAAGAAGAGACGAAAGCCAAGAGAGCGAGGACACAGGAGUCCAUGGAGCUGAGUCUGGAUGCAGACAGUCCCAUCAAAACUCCCGUGCUCCCGUGCUCUCACGACUUUUACCUCUCACACUUCCAGCAGUCUUACAGAGUUAGUUCGUCCCCUCGUGGUUUGGCGCUGGUGAUAAGCAACGUGACCUUUGACCCCUGCGCUGCGCCUGAACUUGACACGAGGAAGGGAGGGGAGGUGGAUGACGAUGUCCUGAGGAAGGUCUUCACAGAGCUGGACUACAAGGUCACCGUCCACAGAGACCUCACUGCUCAGGACAUGAGGACGUGCAUUGAGAGCUUCACCCGGCGGCCGGACCACCAUUCGGGGGACAGCAGCGUUGUGUGUCUGCUCUCACACGGGGUGGAGGGGGCGAUAUACGGUACAGACGGACAACUCCUACAGCUGGACUGGGUGUUUGAGUCCUUUGACAACGCGCACUGUCCGCUGCUACAGAACAAACCCAAGAUGUUUUUUAUUCAGGCCUGCAGAGGAGAGGAGAUGGACUGUGGCGUGGAGCAGAUUGACGGCCCGAUGAGGACCUGCUCCCCCAGCUGUGAGCAGAGAGACGCUGGCAGGGAGGGGGACGCCUCCUCCAGGCAGAGGGGGGGGCUGGGGAGGAUCAAACUGCCCCAGCGCUCUGACAUGAUCUGUGGCUACGCAUCGCUUAAAGGUCAGAGCAUUUGCACGGCAGCCAUGAGGAACACGAAGAGAGGGUCGUGGUUCAUUCAGGAGCUGAACUCCUCCCUGCGCCUCAACGCCAGAGACACUCACCUGGCAGACAUCCUGGUGCAGGUGAACGGGCGUAUUAAGGAGCGGGAGGGUUACGCCCCGGGCACCCGCCACCACCGCUGCAAAGAGAUGUCGGAGUUCACCAGCUCUUUGUGCAAAAACCUCUACUUUUUCCCCAAGUACCAACCGCAGUAUUGACAUGCAAAUAACCACAAAACAACACACACACACAUGGAGCAUUCCUAGCAUUGAAGCCACUACGGUUCAUUCCACUCCAAUUACUGCCACACACUCGCACAUUCCUCUGUUACAACUUCAUUUAUAUUCUCCGUGUAAAUCCAUACACACACACUCUCGUAAAAAAAAAACGGAAAGGGAAACAGAGCCAGCUUAUGUUCAUCCACAUGUACUCGGAAAUGUGCAAUGUAUGAGUACACAACUAACUCCUGUCUGUGUGUGUGUGUGUGUGUGUCUAUGCCAGUUAGAGGGUUUAGUUGAUAAUCCUUUUUUUCGUUUUGUUUUCCUACUGCACAGCUACUUUGAGGAUUCACUCACUCUCCCUUUUUAAAAAUGUAUUUUCUACACAGGUCUAUUUUUGUUGCUUUAUUUUGUAUGAGAUAGUUUUUAUAAGGAUGUUUAAGCCCAUCCUCUUUAUUUGUAUAUAAUGUUUUAUUGUAUGUUUUUCUCGUAGUGACAGGCAGGGGGCAGCACCUCGACUCUUUUUCCAUCAAUGUUAUGUGCAGUUUAAACAAGAUCUUUGUUGCCAGCUUUUAUUUUGAGGUUCAAAUAGGCUGAAGUGAUGAUUUACCAGUUUCUUUGUGCAGCAGAAACAAAUAUUUUCCUCACAUCUUUUCUCUUAAGAAGAGGGAAAACCAAACAGGGCAGCUUCAAAACAAGACCUUGGAAUGUUUCAUUUAUUUGUACGCUUUUGUUUGACGACGUUCAACCAGAACUCAGCUUUUUAAUCCUAAAUGUCCCCCACUGUACAUUUCAGCGGUGUGUUACUGUAGAUGUGUCAGGGUGGGGGGGGGGGCUGUGGUGCUACUUGCGGGGUCUUCCUCCAACCGUGUGAACUCUGACCUUUACGCUGACUCCUAAUAGUGUCUCUCCUUAUGUGGGAGCUGCACAUAUUUGACUGUAGCUCAUACAGUACGGAUGUAUUAGUCUUCCAUUAGCAAUAUGCAGUUUUUCUACCGCAGCCUGUGCCAUGUGACGACGGUCUUUCCGAGAAUAUUGAAUAUGUUUGACAAUCCAUUCCUGAAGGCUGUGUGAGCAUUGAUGUUUCCCAGAAAAGCCCGGAAGUGUUUGUUACAACAGUGUUGUAGUAAAGAAAGAGUUGAUAUGGUCCAGGCAGUAUUGAUUGUUAAUCAUCUGUAAAGCUGUGUGUGAGGCGCUUGGGUUCAAGUUAACCCCCGGUCUGGAAGGGGCUCACCUUUCUUAUUUCUGUAAUAAUCCAAACCCAAACAUCCGAGUGGUGUAAGAGGGUUACUCUGCUGCAGGGGGAGACUGUUUGAAGGUUGAUGUUUGCUGCCAAAGCUCUGCUGUCGGUCCAAGAGAUUUUAUUUCUGUCUAAACCAAUGACUGCCAAAUGUUCCACACAAUAAACGGGCCAAUGAUUUAUAAACAA